CUCCGGAGAAGCAGCUGUGUCUUGCCUGGAAGAAUUUCUUCAUCGAAAAGCCAGGAUGAAAGUCCUGCUGAGCGUCAUCGUCAUCUGUUUCUCACUGGCCUUGUGCAAUGGAAUGUGCUCAAUAGACCCAAAUGUGACUCCAUCUGGAUGUGUUGAUGAGUUUGAUGGGAAGAAACAUCCAUUUUGGACUACAUGGAAUACGGCUGAGUGCAUGGAGUGUCACUGCCAUCCAAGGGGGAUGCGCUGCUGUGCCAGAUAUGGUGGCAUUGUACACAUUGAGGGAUGCACAGCAGUUGUUGAUCCCCAAACAUGCGAAUACAGAUACCAUAAGCAAGAUGACCCCUCCAAGCCAUGUCCUAUGCCUUAA